UAAAAAAAAAAAACCACAUGUCGAAAUAAUGUGAGAAGCGGACACGCACAGAGACACGCGUCCACGCACAGAGACACGCGUCCACGCACAGAGACACGCGUCCACUGUCGUUUCAUUAGAUUGUAUUGAUUUCCACUGGAGAAUAACGCGCUGUGUCUUUACCGGACGCGCCGAUAUACAAUGAAACGCAACCGGAGAACGAGGCUUGAAGAUAAUGAAGGAUGUUGCUGAGGAAGGUUUUACUCGCUCUCUUCGGGGCUUCCCUCGCGUGUUUCCUCCUCGUCUUCGUGGAUUUGCAGCGCAGGACCAGAGCUGAAAGUAACGGGGUGCAGAGCGGGGCGGGACUGGGACCCCGGCCGGGUUCAGAGCGUCCCAAGCCGGGGAGACCCCCAAAGGAGCGGGGUAUUACCGGAGGAAAGAGCCGCUUGUUCAAUGCAAUCGGAGCCAAGCCGGUAAUUGCAAGAGACCCCGUCCCGUCGCUGCAGCUCAAAGACAUUUUCAUCGCCGUCAAAACGACGAGAAAAUUUCACGGAACGCGGCUGGCGUUGCUGUUGGAUACGUGGAUAUCAAGGACGCGUGAUCACACCUACAUCUUUACCGAUGAAGAGGAUGAAGAAUUGACCUCCAGAGGGUUCCAUCUCAUUGUCACAAACUGCUCCUCCGAGCACAGCCACCAAGCCCUGUCCUGCAAAAUGGCUUUGGAGUACGAAGGCUUCAUCGCGUCCCAGAAGAAGUGGUUCUGUCAUGUUGAUGAUGAUAACUACGUGCUUCCUCACUCCCUCCUUUCUCUCCUCGCUGCCUUCCCCCAGGAUGGAGACGUCUACGUGGGGAAACCCAGCCUGAACCGACCCAUCGAGGCAGCCGAGCCCCUGCCCAACAACCAGACAGUGAGCACCGCUGACCCUUCACCCCGACCCUCGCACCAAACCCAACCCCAUCACCAAACCCAACCCACACACCUACCCCAACCCCAACCCCAACAGUGAAUAUUGAAUUGUGUUAGUUGCAAACAAAACCAUCAUUACAGCCUGUCUGCGUUUCUAAAGGCGGUUUGGUGCCCUCUUGUGGCUGAGUGUUGUUACUGCAGCUUCCGUGUCCACAGCAGCUCUAUUAUAACACCAGGUUCUUGGCUGAUAAUAUCAAUUAUUUCGUGGUUGCUUUUUAGACAAAAUAAUUUAAACCCAUUUCAAAGAGACCAGCAACAGUAAAAAAAUAAGUUUGCAGGAUGUUUGCUUCUUCCCCUGCUGGUUCGCGGUGCUGUUUACUGUAGUCUGUUUUCCUGUUUCUCUAAACCUGUUUCUUGAGCGGCUUGAGCUUGGUUGCAAGACUCUAACCAUCGGGUUCUGAACAGUCUGCCUGAUUCCAUUCGAAUCACGUGAGAACCUUUCCAGCUAGCCCUGCCCACGUGUGUGCAGUGCAGUCUGUUACAGUGGAACAGGGAGAGUGCCACGCCCGGCGGGGAGGAUUCUCCAGACAAGCAGCUCAGAGGCAGGUUUUAAAAAUGAUCAGAACUCUCUGUCGAAGGAAACCAGAACCGCUCGCGAUGAUUCCAGACAUCGGAAAGAACAUUAAAAUGAUUUUUUUUUUUAUUGCGCAGGCAUUCUAAACUGUCUCUCUUCCUCUCUCUCUCCCUCU